UCCCGGCGUGCUGUGCGCGGUGUCCAGAAAAGCUGGCGUGGCGGGGUGAGCCGGCCUGGGGGCGGGACUUCCGGCGUGUGUGAGCGUCUUCCGGCCGUGCGCGAGGGGUUCGCCGGCUUCCUGACAUGAAGCCUCCUGGACACAGAAGUUGGCCCUCACCGUGACAUGCCUGCCAUGUGGGCACUGCUUCAUGUCCUCUGGUUGGCUCUAGCCUGUGGUUUUGUUCACACCACCCUGUCAAAGUCAGAUGCCAAAAAAGCUGCCUCAAAGACACUGCUAGAGAAGACUCAGUUUUCAGAUAAACCUGUCCAAGAUCGAGGUCUGGUGGUGACAGAUCUCAAGGCAGAGGAUGUGGUUCUUGAGCACCGCAGCUACUGCUCAGCGAGAGCCCGGGAGAGAAAUUUUGCUGGAGAUGUUCUAGGCUACAUUACUCCAUGGAACAGCCAUGGCUAUGAUGUCGCCAAGGUCUUUGGGAACAAGUUUACACAGAUCUCACCAGUCUGGCUGCAGUUGAAGAGACGUGGCCGUGAGAUGUUUGAGAUCACAGGCCUCCACGAUGUGGACCAAGGGUGGAUGAGAGCCAUCAGGAAGCAUGCUAAGGGCCUGCGUAUAGUGCCUCGGCUUCUGUUUGAGGACUGGACAUACGAUGAUUUCCGGAAUGUCUUGGACAGUGAGGAUGAGAUAGAAGAGCUCAGCAAGACGAUGGUCCAGGUGGCAAAGAACCAACAUUUUGAUGGCUUUGUGGUAGAGGUCUGGAGCCAGCUGCUGAGCCAGAAGCACGUGGGUCUUGUCCACAUGCUCACCCACAUGGCUGAGGCCCUGCACCACGCCCGGCUGCUGGUCAUCCUGGUCAUCCCCCCCGCUGUCACCCCUGGGACUGACCAGCUGGGCAUGUUCACACACAAGGAGUUGGGACAGCUGGCCCCUGUGCUCGACGGCUUCAGCCUGAUGACUUAUGACUACUCAACAUCUCAGCAGCCUGGUCCUAAUGCACCACUCUCCUGGGUUCGAGCCUGUGUCCAAGUCCUGGACCCUAAGUCCCAGUGGCGGAGCAAGAUCCUCCUGGGGCUGAACUUCUACGGCAUGGACUACGCAGCCUCCAAGGAUGCCCGUGAGCCUGUCAUCGGGGCCAGGUAUAUCCAGACACUGAAGGACCACAAGCCCCGUAUGGUGUGGGACGGCCAGGCUGCAGAGCACUUCUUCGAGUACAAGAAGAGCCGCGGCGGGAGGCACUUGGUGUUCUACCCGACUCUGAAGUCCCUACAGGUACGACUGGAGCUGGCCAGGGAGCUGGGCGUUGGGGUCUCCAUCUGGGAGCUGGGCCAAGGACUGGACUACUUCUACGACCUGUUGUAGGCUGGGCCGUGGCCUCCCCCUGGGCGUGGACUGGAGAAAUACAGAGCUCUGCCGC